AUGUAUCUUAUACCACCCCAGGCGGACAAGCCUGUGCAGGCCCUCUUGAAGGCUGCCGCCGACUUGGUAGCCAGUCCUGGUGCCCGCAGAGGUCCGCUUCUCGCUGCCUACGAAGCAACCACCGGUCCCGCCCUACGAGCCAUCGGAGUCGUCCCCGGUCCACGUGGUGUAGAGAAGAGCGAGCCAGCAAGCAAGAAACCAAGCACAAUCAGAUCCAAGCCGACCAGUACCCGCUCCUCAGCGCAUAUCAAUACUCCUCACCAUGACACCACCACCAAGCGCUCAUUCCCCUCGGCCGGCCCCACGGACCGCUCCCACGUGGCUCAGAGCCAGCAGCAGGGAGCUUCCACCACAAUGUCCUCUGCUCAGCCUCCGCACCACCGCCAAGAAGACGCUGGUGGCGACCACCACCUCGAGAAGCUGGAGCGGCAGGCCCUGCGGAGAAGGAAGGUCGAGGCCCUGGAGUCGCUGGCGCACACUGCGGCACUGUUCCUGGCCGAAUUUAUGACGUACACAAAAAGAGAGGUUUCACGUCCCUCCGCCACAGCAGAGCCUGCCGGUGGUGGGCAGGAGAAUUCUGUAUCCUCUGGAGGAUCGCAGGGCCGCGGUACGGACCACGCGGCUUCUGCAGCAGCAAUGGCUGCCAACAUGUUCAAGCCCUUGACAGCUACACGGUGGAGCGCCCGUGCCAGCGCCGAAAACCCGCUCAAUGGCGCCGAAUCCUACGGUGGUGAGAGCGACAGCGACAGUGAUAGCUCAGUCGAUGAUGUGCUCGGCAUCAACAGGCCAGCGCGAGACCACGAUGGCAAUGACACUGAGGUCGAGGGCCCUGGUCACUCUAACGUUAACGAUGAUGAUGAUGAGGAGGAGGAUGCUACUGCUGCUGCUACUGCUGCUACUACUGCUGCUGUGACAGGGCGACACCAGGAAGACGAGAGCGAGGAGCGCAACCUGCAGCAGCGUAACGUGAAAUCCGAGGACCAGUGA